UACACCCUCUAAACACUCAGCUCUGAUCUACUAUCGUAUACUGUAUUAAUUUUCCUUCAAUCCACCUCUCAAGAACCCAUAUAUAUCUAUCACCUCAACUGAGUGAACUAAGAAAAAUGACAGGCUACAAAGGUAUACUAAUGGAAAUGAAAAAGAUUAUCCUUUCACUUAGACAAAACUACUUGAAGCUUGGAUUCCAUUUGUUGAUCAUCCAUGCAGUGUAUAAACUCUUACACCCUCUAUUACUAGGGGCAUUUAAGUCCCACUUCUGUGUCCUUUAUUUCAAAGAAAUGGUCCAAAGGCUGAAUCUUGGACCACUCAUUACAUGCUCAAGUCUUAUGGUUUUCUUGGGUAUGUUCUAUUUCAUGAGUAGGCCAAGGAAUGUGUAUUUAGUGGACUUCUCAUGUUACAAGCCUAACCCUGAGCUGAUGUGCCCUACUGAAAGGUUCAUGGAAAGGUCAAGGCUAGCCAAGGUUUUCACAGAGGAAAAUCUGUCAUUUCAGAAGAAGGUUUUGGAAAGAUCUGGACUGGGACAAAAGACUUAUUUCCCUGAAGCCAUUUUGAUCAGUGUGCCUGAAAAGUCUUGUUUGGAGCAGGCAAGAAAAGAGGCAGAAAUGGUCAUCUUUGGAUGCAUUGAUGAGCUUUUGGGUAAGACUGGGGUGAAAGGGAAGGAUAUUGGGAUAGUUGUGGUUAACUGCAGUGUGUUUAACUCAACCCCAUCACUUUCUGCUAUGGUGGUUAACCAUUACAAGCUUAAUAGCAAUGUGAAGAGUUUCAACCUUAGUGGCAUGGGCUGUAGUGCUGGACUCAUCUCCAUUGACCUUGCCAAACAUCUCCUACAGGCCACACCGAGCACGUACGCGUUAGUUGUCAGUGUAGAGGUUCAAUCCCUCAAUUGGUACUUCGGCAACGACCGGUCCAUGCUAAUGACCAAUUGCAUUUUCCGACUCGGCGGCGCAGCGGUGCUACUCUCGAACCGGCCCUCCGACCGCCACCGGUCCAAAUACAAGUUGGACCUCACCGUCCGCACAAACAAGGGCGCGGACGAGAACAGCUACUCCUGCGUGCUCCAGAGAGAAGACGACGCCGGACGAGUCGGCGUCGCGCUCUCCAAAGAUCUCAUGGCUGUCGCCGGGGAGGCGUUAAAGAUGAACAUCACCACACUCGGCCCGAUCGUCCUCCCCUUCUCCGAACAACUCAUGUUCUUCCUCGCCUUAACGGCGAGGAAGGUUUUCAAGAACAAGAAAAAGAUCAAGCCAUAUAUUCCGAACUUUAAGCUCGCUUUCGAGCAUUUCUGUAUCCACGCCGGCGGGAAGGCGGUUCUCGACGCCAUCGAGAAGAAUCUAGUACUCAGUGAGUGGCACAUGGAACCUUCUAGAAUGACAUUGUACAGGUUUGGGAACACUUCGAGUAGCUCUUUGUGGUAUGAGUUGGGUUAUGCUGAGGGCAAGGGGAGGAUCCGAAAGGGGGAUCGGGUGUGGCAAAUAGCAUUCGGGUCGGGUUUCAAAUGUAACAGUGCAGUUUGGCGGGCUUUGAAGAAUGUAGAUGCAGCCAAGGAGAAGAGCCCAUGGAUGAAUGAGAUUCACCAAUUUCCAGUUCCAUCCCUCUAUCUCUAAACUAUUCCUCUCUCUCUUUUUAUUUAACUAAACUUCACUUUUUAAGUUAGUGAUGUUAAUUGAAUUUGAUUGAUUAUAUAUUUACAUGUAGUAUUAAAAUGAUAUGAAAAUUUUCUUUAUUAAAAAUAAAUCGCAAAAGUAUGAAUUUAUUAUA